AUGAUGCAGGGAAGACCCCGCGCCACCUGGCUAGUCCCCCGUAGGGACCGCCAAGCCGAGCUUGACGGCUCGAUCGCGGUCACUCUGGACGGACAGGCGUCUGUCGCGUGCCUCUUGGUGAACCAUCCGGUCAUCGUAGAAGGAUCCUCCGGGCCUCGCUGGUUGAGCGGGCCUCCUACGCGGCUCCUGUUCUCAAACUGGACGGGUGCAACGGUGCGCUGCUCGGCCGACGGGGACCCGCGCCCUCACGUGUGGUGGGUGAGCGCCGCGGACGGACUGAAUGCCAGCGCCCUACCGGCCGCCACUUCGCGACCGCAGCUGCUCACGGUCCACGAGGGCACGCUCACUUUCCUGCCCUUCCGCGAGCACCAAUUCCGCGCGGAGGUGCACCGCGGAUCCUUUCGCUGCCGGGCGCGCAAUGCCAGAGGCACCGUGCUCAGCACCGCCGUGCACGUCAACGCCGUGAUAGCCCAAGACUGGGAGCUGCGAAUGUGGUCCGCUCCGGGCUCGGUGCCACGGGGAAGUGCCCUGCUGGUGCGUUGUCCCGUGCCCAGUCACGUGAGCCACCACGUGAUUGUCACCGCCUGGGAGGAGGAGCACCACAGCCCCGUACUCAUCACACCGCGGUCGUCAACGGACCGGUACGUGAUGACGUCAUCGGGUGACCUGUACGUGCGCAGCUUGACUCAGGCUGCACGCUUCCGCUGCCACACAGAGGACGUGCUUACUCGUCGCAACAGGACGAGCACGAACUACGCGCACUACCACGCCACGGAACCAACGGGAAGUCAGAUACCAUCUAUCACAUUCCACUCUGGUCACGUGACUGUUGAGCAAGGACGUCCCACAGACCUGGUCUGCCUGGCCCAAGGCUGGCCGCCACCCAAGUACAAGUGGUACCGGAAGCAGGGGCAGAGGCUGGUGCCGUUGCCACCCUCGACCACACCCACUGCACUGGAUGGUGUCCUGCACUGGAGCGGAGGCGCACAGCCCGAGCAUGAAGGGCAGUAUGUGUGCGUGGCGACAAACACCAUGGGAGAUGCCAAGGCCACGCUCCAGCUUUCAGUGAUUGGUGUGAAUGCAUGA